UGUUGUGACCAAGAAGUGCAGCGAGCGAAAAUUGAUGCGCCGCAUGGUCGAUUGUCUGAAGACUAUGAAAGGUAACUUGGAGCCCUUGCUGGACAACAAGAAAACCAACCAGAAACUCAUUUGCGCGCAAACCGAGAACUUCAAGUCGUGCGUUAACAUCGCUCUCGCCCACACGGACUGCAACUCUGACGAAGAGGUGCUGGACCAGACAACGCACUUCAUUGUGCAUGUCCUCUACGAACACCGCUGGGCUUGCAAAAACAUUCAGACAAGCGACAAGAAGUGUGAAGAGCGUUCCCUGGUGCUCAAGCUAAACCAAUGCGUCCGCCUCCUCAACAAAACUGUCGAACCUAUUCUAGAAGAUAAGGAAAACAACAAGCUGAACAUCUGCAGGGCGAGCGACACAUUCCUGCUUUGCGUUAACGAGGCAGUCUCCGAAACAGCUUGCCGCGAGGACUCGGAGGUCAUGUUUCACGUGUCCCACUUCGCGGACAAAAUUCUGCGCCACCACAAAUGGUCCUGCGACCAAAGCGGAGCUUCCUCCAACCGACCCAGGCUUGAAAAUCUUCGUCAAAAGAUGGAUUCCCAGGGAUCUGGAAACCUUACAGCAUUGCGGCCGCUGAACGGAGGUGGGCCAACAGGGCUGGUACCGGCAGACAACAAGUGCAACUUUGAAAUUGUCCGGACGGCCGUGGACACGUGCCAACAAUCUGCGUACGACCAGAUCAAAAAGAAGGGCAUCUCUCAGCCGAAACACCUUUGCGUGGAACUGCGCAUCUUCAAGGAUUGCUCCAUAGAAGCGACGAAGAAAAACGGGUGCGCCAGUGACAAGAAUGCCGAGACGUACGUGUACGACCGCGUCAAGGAUUCCUUCUACAAGUACCUCACCGACUGCCGCCCGCUCUGGUCCGCUGCUGUGCCGCUGUCAACCAGCACCUGGGCGCUGUCCCUCGUCGUACUCAUGGUGCUCGUGCAGCAGCGCCACUAAACUUCCCGCGCCCGAAGCCCAAAGCAAGCAGGGGGCACCACAGGCCCGCGCUGCGAAGCGUCCGCAAGUUUGAUACCCAGCUGCUUGGAACGUGGUUUGCUGACGCAAUAAAGGUCUCAAAUAAA